AGGGAAAGACACGUAAAUCAACAACUGAUUGGUGCAAAUCAUUCAAUAUUGUUAAGAAAUCACAAUCACGUAAAAGGAAUUUCCAAUCGAAAAGACCACACAGCGACGCUUCAGCAUGGCAGACGCAGGCCAAUGGUAUAACUCGCUGCCGCGCUUCACCCGCUACUGGCUGACGGCCACAGUCGGCCUCAGCCUGCUCUGUCGCUUCGGCUUAUUGCCCAUGGAGUACAUGUACCUGUCGCGAGAGCUUGUCUUCACCCGCCUCCAACUGUGGCGCUGCGUGACUUCGCUGUUUGUGUUUCCACUCAGUGGGGCCACCGGCUUCCAUUUCCUCAUUAACUGCUACUUCAUCACACAGUACAGCCAGCGGCUGGAGAAGGAUCAGUAUGCACGCAGUCCAGCGGAUUAUAUGUAUUUACUGAUGAUCAUUGCUGUGCUGGCCAAUCUGGGCGGCAUGCUGUUUAACGUUUACUUUCUAAUGGACAUGCUGGUCGUUGCCAUUACCUACAUCUGGUGCCAGUUGAACAAAGAGGUGAUUGUCACCUUCUGGUUUGGCAGUCGCUUCAAGGCCAUGUAUCUACCUUGGGUGCUGGCGGGCAUCGAGCUAAUAUUCCAUGGCUCCCUGGCCUCGCUGGUGGGCAUUUUCAAUGGCCAUGUCUACUACUUCUUGAAAUUCCAAUACCCACAAGAGCUCGGCGGCAAUGCGCUGCUGGAAACGCCGCAGUUUCUCAAACGCUUGGUUCCCGACAUUUCCGGCGGCAUCAGCGGCUUCGGCGUGCCACCAGAGAGCAGAGCGCCGCCACCACGUCAAACGCAGGCCAAUACUUGGGGCCGUGGCAUGGCACUGGGACGCAACUGAAGCGCACAAAACUUAGUUAGAUGUUCUCAUAUAGUUUCUACAAUUCUGUUUUCUAUUGGUUACCCUCCAACAACUGUGCUGCAUUUGUAACUUUGAACACGCUCUCGUUUAUACACGAUUUCCUACUCUAAAUCCUUAUGUUAGUUGACCAUUUAGUUAACAAUGUUAAGUCGGGGUAUAUUAAAGCAAUGAAAGAUUAUGUAAAACGAUGGAAAUUAUCUUAUUGUAUUCAUUAAAACAACAAAAUGUGAAAACUAA